AUGGGCAGCAUUUCUCCGGAGGAAGCGAAGCUCAGGUUCAAGACGCCAUGGAUCGAAACACCUUUGGUUGAAUCUGCGAGUCUAUCCCGUGCAGCAGGCUGCAGGAUCUUCCUGAAACUCGAAAACGUCCAACCUAGCGGAUCCUUCAAGUCCCGCGCUAUGGGCAAUCAAAUUCUUUCCCAUCUCGUCAAGCCGGAGAAUGUCGGCCGGCCAGUGCACUUCUACGCUUCAUCCGGGGGCAAUGCUGGCCUCGCUGCUGUAUGUGCCGCCCGGAGCUUAGGGUACCCAUGCACGGUGGUCGUGCCGCUAUCGACGAAGCCCUUGAUGGUCAAUAAGCUGCGUGCAGCCGGCGCCUCAGACAUCAUCCAGCACGGGGAAACGUUUUCCGAGGCUGGGGAAUACAUGCGUGAAGUAAUCAUGAAGGGAGGGGAUAGUGAUGCCAAAAUGGAUGUGGUCAAAAUUGCCCUCCAUCCCUUCGACAACGAGCCCAUUUGGGAGGGAAACAGCACAAUUGUUGAUGAGCUCGCCACUCAGCUGCCGCCUGUUUCAACCAGAGAAGAAGCAAUUGCCUACAACGGUCGUGCCUUGCCGUUGGAUGCGGUGAUCUGCAGUGUUGGCGGUGGCGGCCUGCUGAACGGCCUAGUCAUGGGUCUGGAAAGACGUAGACAAAUACAGAAACAGAGCUCCCACUACAGCAGCAGCAGCACCACCACCACCACCACAGUAUUCCAACAAGACCCUGUUCACCUCCUAGCCAUUGAAACAGAUGGCACAGAUUCCCUCGCUCUCGCCAUCGCCCAGAAAUCCCUCGUCUCUCUCCCUAAGAUCACCUCUCAAGCUACCUCAUUGGGUGCCAUCCGGGUUUCGGAAAGGACCUUCAAAUACGCCAUCUCUCCUCCUCCAGGCAUUGCCGUUCACAGUGCUGUCCUUUCAGACGCCGAUGCAGCGCGCGGUGUGCUCCGUCUCGCAGACGACGAAAGGCUGCUGGUGGAGUUAGCCUGCGGUGUCUGUGUCGAGGCAGCCAUCGGCGACGCAGCCAAGGCACGGGGCGCAGCAUCAACACCGGCUCUAUCUGCAUCCGAACAGCCAUCAGUGGCAGGAAAGAAACGAAAGAGAACCCAGACAGAGUACUGCCAUCGGGACGAGGGGUACGGCGAUGACCGAUUGUCAUCCGGGGAGAACGAGGCGGUGUCGGACGAGACCGGAAAUCGGCCUCCAGCACAAGCUAACCAGUCUUCAGCAUCGCCGGGAGAAUUCCAGUCCAAGCUGAAACAACUAGUCCCCAACCUGCAAGCCGACAGUCGAGUGGUAAUCAUCGUCUGUGGUGGCAGCAACGUCACCAUCGAUAUGGCGGGAGAAUGGCGGAAGAUGUUGCAGGAGGGAUGGGGACGUUAA